ACGAAUAAGUAUAUAAUAUAUACAGAGUAUGUAAAGUGUGAAAUUAUAUCCUCACUCCUCAACCUCAGCCCAUCUUUUGACCAUUUCAGACGGCAGGCAACAACAAUGCAGAAACAUGACUUUGGAGUCGUUGAUUACAUCGUGUUCGUGGUCACCAUUGUUGUGUCCCUUGGUAUUGGAAUCUAUCAGGCUCUUUCUGGGGGCCGCCAGAAAACCACCUCGGAAUACCUCGUAGGUAACCGUAGAAUGGCCGUUCUUCCUGUGGCAAUUUCUCUACUAGUAUCCUUCGAGUCCAGCAUUAUGAUGCUGGGGACUCCGGCGGAGAUUUACAGAUACGGUAUUCAGUGGAUAUGGGCAAACAUCGGAUUUUUCUGUUCGAAUAUGUUGGCGAUCAAAAUCAUGGUCCCACUGAUCCACCCUUUAAAGAUUACCAGUGCAAACGAGUAUCUAGAGCUCCGAUUUAAAUCACACGCUGUCCGAUUAAUGGCCACAUCUCUUGGAAUGCUAAACUACGUGUUGUAUAUGGGUAUUGUUCUCUACGGACCAGCAUUAGCCCUGGAAGCAGUGACGGGGUUCCCUUUGGCCUAUUCUAUAUUCAUUGUGGCUGUGGCUGCAGUCAUAUACACUUCUAUAGGAGGAAUCAAAGCUGUUAUAUGGACCGAUGUCUUCCAGUUUAUCGUUAUGUUUUCUGGAAUCUUUGCUGUAAUGAUAAAAGGAACAAUUGAUAUAGGAGGAGUAGCCAAAACCUGGCAAAUUGCCAAUGACAAUGGAAGAUUAAACUGGUUCAAUUUUGACCCGGACCCUAGGACUCGGCACACGUUCUGGAACCUCUUUUUCGGAUCUCUUGUCAGAGGGAUGUUCCUUAUCUUCAACCAAUCCUCUGUUCAAAGGAUAUCCUCUACUCCUACACUAUCUGACGCUAAAAAGGUUAUGUAUUACACUGCUCCAGGAUUCCUGGUUACCAUAUUCAUGGCGAUCACAGAGGGAAUCAUAGCGUAUUCCUACUUCCAUGUUCUUCGUUGCGAUCCUCUAGAAUCAAAGACCAUUAAAAAUUCAAAUCAGCUUAUCCCAGCUCUAGUUAUGAGUGUGUUUGGAAACAUACAUGGUAUGCCAGGCCUCUUUAUAGCUUCUCUUUUCAGUGCCUCCUUAAGCACGCUGUCCUCUGGACUGAGUAGUCUGUCUGCCCUGGUGUGGCAGGAUUUUGUUAGACCUCACACAAAGCCAAUGUCAGAAUUCAAAGCUACCGUGAUAGCGAAAGUAUCUGUUGUAGUGUUUGGUAGUUUGGCAAUUGUCGUAGCAUUUCUUGUUUCAAGCAUCGGUGGAACUCUUGUACAGAUCACUGGAACUAUUCUCUCCACUAUAGGGGGACCGUUAACAGGGGUUUUUCUUGUAGGAUGUUUUUGUCCAUGGAUUAAUUCAAAGGGAGCUAUAUUCGGCUGUUUAAGUGGGGUGGCUCUUGUUGGUUGGAUAGCUACAGGAAUGUCAGUAUCAAAAGGAAUUAAAAGAACCCCACCCCUUCCAGCAGCGCCAGUUGACCAAUGUUUUGCUUCCUCUGUCAUCAAUGCUAGCGACUGGAUGACAAAUACGACAUUAGAAACACUGUUCUCAUCCACCGAGAUGUCCACACAAGCUUCAGUUUUUACUCAAACAAAGGAGCCACAAGGAUUGGAUCAGCUGUACUCCCUGUCUUAUACCCUGCUUGGCGUCAUUGGAUUAAUUAACAGCGUCAUAACAGGAACUAUCGUUAGCUUUCUGACAGGAUACACAAAACCGGAGGAAUCGGAUCCACGUUAUUUGAUUUCCCUAACGGACGAACUUUUUCCUUUCCUCCCAGAGAAGAUAAGAAAGCCAUUUCGCCUUGGAUAUAAUUACGAUAGAGCAAAGGUUUAUAAGGAGCAAGUUUUCACCGAAAAAGAUCUCAAACAAGAAAAGAUAAACAAUUUUGCCAAUGUGACAAUAACGGUGAGUUCAGAGAAAGAAAAGAUCAAUGGUGUGGGGGAAAUCAUCAUAGAGGAUCCAAAAUCAGAGACUGCUGAGGAAGAAAUCCCGAGUAGUGCUACGCCUUUAAUAAGUAGUGAGAGAGGUGACAAUGGAAACGAUAUAAAUGAAAUGGAGGAAACCAAUACUAUUCUAACAAAAAAUGGAAGAUUAUAACUCUAAAAGUUUAUUUUUGAAAUAGAGUGUGUUUGCUGAUAUUUUGUAGAAUAUGAUGUAGGAAAAUCACUCGGUUACAAAAGUUGAUUUGAAUUGUUUUGAUUUUGCAAAGAAUGUCAAAUGUUAAUAUCACAUUUCUAAUGUUGAUAUGCUUGACACAAAUAUCUAAGUAUAUAAUACCACAAGGCCUCAAAAUACUGUGAUGAAUACGGAAAAAAAUACUAUCACUGUAUGACUUAGAUCCUAUUAAAAGGGGUUUAAAAAUAA